AUGUCCUUCAUUCGGGGGCGCCCUCGCCACCCCCAAAGCCAGGGGGUAAUAGAGCGUGCCAAUGGAGUAUUAACAGACGCUUUGGGAAAAUGGAUGUUUAGCAACCAAACUGAUCAUUGGAGUGAAGGGCUGAUGCCGGUGGUAUAUGGUAUUAAUACAAGAGUUUCCCAACCAACCAAAGUCACCGCUUAUGAAGUCGUUUUCGGCCAGAAAGCUCGAUGUGAUAGUGACUAUUGGCGUGUUGUUAAUGAACUGAAUUGUGUUGAUGAAGAUGAUCUACCAACACCAGUUGGAGUAGGAGAUGGUUACAAAGAUAAUAUUGACAAAGAUGUGAAUAAUGUUAUUGAAUCAUUGUUGGAUCUUUCAGAACAUGUGGCUCCUGCUCCUCCAUUAUAUCUGCUAGACGCGUCAAUCUCUAUCAUUGAAACAGAACCUCAAGUGAAUCCUCCAUAUACUGCCGACGUCUCUGUUAAUCUUAUGUCAUUCACAUCACCCACAAAAAUACCUGUUCAAUCAUCAACAAAAGCUCUACCACGUAGUCCUGUCUUUAAUUUUUCUUCUUCCUCGUUGUUCAAUUCCAAAGAUGAUAAUGAAGUACAAGUUACAGAACCUAAAGAACAGAAAACUGGCUCCCCUACACAUGACAACAAAUUAUUGAAUGAUUUGGACAAUCUUAUCAAUUUUGACGAUGAGCAGUUCCCUCGAACUACUGCCGCACCUAUUGUCGUUUCUAAUCAGCCAACUGGUAUGUCUGCACCAUCAAGAUCAAUUCCCAUUACAUCCUCUCCAAUUUCAUCAUCCUCUGCUGUAUCAGAGGCAUCAAGACACAAAAGGAUACGAGAAACAGCCGAAAAGAAUUAUUUACAAACGACCAACAAAAAACGAAUCAAAUAUGACCAGCAUCUGAAGGCAACGGCAGAGAAAUUCAAUAUUGGUGACUGUGUCGGGUUGAAAAUCGACUCUGUUGAUAGAACAAAUACCGAUCCAAAAUUAUUGCCAUGCAUAAUAACAGCCAAAGAGAAGAAGAAUGAUUCUCAAAUAUUCAAACUGGCUUCUCAAUACGGCAAAUUGGUCACUACCUAUACAGCUGAAUCCUUGGUCGAUCUAAAAUCUUCUUGUCUCCAAGAAUUGAGAGCUAUAAAUUUGGAUCAACUGGCUGAUAUAAAGUUCAUUGAGGCGUGUAAAUUAUUGGCUCGUGGAUCAAUCAGUGGUAAAACAUGUGACUGCAAGGGUCAAUGUCAAACGAAACUCUGCUCCUGUAAAAAACAGGGAGUCUAUUGUUCCACAAAGUGCCACAGUCGUCGUGGAGGAUGUAAAAAUAUUUCAUAG